GCGGACGUCGUGUAGAUAAAUGUUCAAAUUUUCUCAAUAAAAAUUAAGUACUUUUAGCAAAUGCAAUAAUGUUUAAACCUAGAGGAUCUGUUAUCCAGUUCAACUGGCAAGAUUCCCAAGAAGGCCGGGAAUAUUUUGCUGGAAUUUUGAGAAGAAACAGACGUAAAGUGUUUGGUUUACUGGAAAUGCCCAGCCUCCCAAUGCAGUCCCCCCCUGAUAUACUUAACUACAAGAUACUAUUGAGUGGCAAAGCUGGUAUUGGUAAGACCAGCACUAUAGCAAAACUCAGUGGACAGGAGAUUCCUCGCACCCAUAUUGAAACUCCUGGAAUUCAGACAUCUGUUAUUUACUGGCCAGUCAAGCUCAUAAAUUCAUCUAAAGUCGUGAUAUUCAGAUUCCAGUUCUGGGACUGUGGGGACCAUGUGAAGAAGAAAUAUGACCACUUACUACCUGCCUGCAAGUCUAAAACAGACGCUGUGAUCUUCUUGUUUUCCUUUACUGACAGAUCAAGUUUUGAUGAGCUGCCAAACCAAAUAAACCAUCUACUGGAACCAAAUGAGAAUGUUCUUACCUUGGCUCUUGCAACAAGAUUUGACCAGUUUUUGCAUAGUGACAUCACUGAACAAGAGUUAAGAGAAUUUGAAGAACAGUGGUCAAUUCCUGUGCUAAAAAUAGCAAAUGUAGAUGGACCCAGGCUCUCAGAUGGUCGCAGCCUUGAUGGAAGAGCAGGAAUAAUGGAAAUCGCACCAAUCCUGAACACUCUAGCUGAGUUGCUAUGGCAACACGAUCAAGUCAUGCACGCUGGUCGUGUUUCCCGCCAAUCUUCUGGUUCCAGUCACCACUCUGCUGAACGUAGGAUACGAUGACUCGUGGUAAUGGUAUAGAUCACCUCGUACUAAUUCCUUAUCUGGAGGUCAAAAAAGGAGUUGCUGUUCUAGUCGGCACUCUACCACUCUAACCAUACAUCCAACUGACCAAACCCAGCACCCAUCAUUCAUCCCACCAACACUCACUAUUUUAUUUGAUACACCUCUUUAGCUUGGGCGUAAUGUUUACCCAUCACAGACCACGUCACCCUCAUAAGAAUGAGAUCCUUUGUUUGAGUUGCAUCCGACAGCCAUGUGUCUUUACAUGCACAACCGUUAAACAAAAUAAUACUCAAGGGAAUGACACGUGGUCUGUAAUGGGAGAACAUUAUGCCCUAAGAAAAAGGAAUAAUACUCAAGGGAAUGACACUUGGUAUGUAAUGGGA